GCUGCACUUCCGGUUGCGCAAGUCAUUAGUUUCGUCGCCAUCAUAGCGACGAGAUCGCGAUCGCUUUCGGCCGUAGAGCCAGGAGACGGGCUUAUCGUCGUUUGCGACGAGAAACAGGACAGAGCUUUUGCUCUGUUAAGAACGUGUCCGUGGUAAUCGUAACACCGUCUCAUCGAGCGUCGAUUAUCGGCAUCUCGAGGAUAUUUUCUCCAUCUUUGACGCUGAAGAAACAUGGCUUAUUGAAGAAGAUGAAGGGCCUGCAGAAAUAUACUGUUUCUCCAUACGGAGGAGACCAAAGCCUCAUUUACGUUGGAAACCAGCACGAACAAAUUCGUGCCGGAAAUGGAAAAGAACACAAAAUUUUCGCAAUCCUCGACCAAGGGGGGUACUACUGAUGCAAAGAAAACUCAAGAUGUUACAAAUAACAAGCUCUUCCCAAGGACUUCACGCAGACGUGAACCAACCGGAUCCUGCAGUUUUUCAAAGAAUGAACUGCCAAGGAAAUGCAAUGUACAGAAAGCAAAAAGUUUUGAUAAGAGACCAAAACCUAAAGGACAAUAUCAUGGCAGUUCAAAGGAGGAUACCAAGGUAGUGCAAACAGAAUUAGCUGAGCAUGGCUCAGUAAUGGUCCAUGGAAGUAAAAAGCAGAAUUUGAAUCACUUGCUGAAUUUUCAUUAUGAACCACGUGAAAUGCAAGGUGGUUCAGGUAUAUGGAGUCAUGGGAAAUCUACAAAGGGUUAUUCUCGCAACAGCAAUAGAUGGCUUCCACCAGUCCAGCGACAUAAGUACAACAAAGAACAGUUUUUACAAGCCAGCUGCCAAUUUGUUGUAACUGCCAAUGGAAAUUAUUCAUCAUAUCUGACUGAUCCUGACACUCUAGUCGAUUGGAAACUAGUAGAACAAAUUAAAAUUCAUAGCCCUGAAAGCUUGUCGUGUCCAAUUUGUUUAUGUACACCGGUUGCUGGAAAAAUGACCCGCUGUGGUCAUGUUUACUGUUGGCCCUGCAUUCUUCAUUAUUUAUCACUGUCAGAUAAAUCUUGGCGUAAAUGUCCCAUUUGUUAUGAAUUGAUUCAGAAGUCUGAUUUAAAAAGCGUUACAGAAAUUACACAAACCAUGCUGAACAUAGGAGAUAUUGUUACUUUACGUUUAAUGCGCCGUGAAAAGGGAUCAUUACUUGCUGUGCCCGUUGGGUUUGCAACUCAAAAUCCAAUAAAUUUUUUCUCUGCUGCAGAGAUUAUUGGCAAAGAGGUGUAUUCAAAACUUCUAAUUGCAAAUACAGAUGUCGUGAUGAAUAUUAUCGAAAGUGAACGUGUUCAAUUGAAAUUGGAAAUGUUAGAUAAUCCUGAUUCACCAGAAAAUUGUUACAUUGAACAAGCACUUAAUGAACUUUCAAAAAGAGAAGAGGAACUAUUCCAUGAGAUGAAACCGAAAUUAGAAGAGGACGCAACUGCAACGCAAGAACAAGACAGUGUCGUUGAAAAACAGCAAUUAUUUCAUCAAGAAUUAGAUAACCACGAAGUCAAUAAUGAUGCAAAUAAAAACGAAAUAAAAGAUAAUGAUGAGGAAUCUUCUAAAAUACUUGAAAAUUUAAAUAGUCCUCAGUCGACUUCAAGUACACAGAAAUACUUUUACUUCUAUCAAGCGGAUGAUGGGCAACAUUUGUAUCUUCAUGCGAUGAAUGUAAAAAUGCUGGAACGGCAAUAUGGUAGUCUUGAGAAUUCUCCUCAUAUGAUAAAAGGAAAACUCUUGGAGAAAGAAGGAGGAAGUCUUACCGAAGAUCUAAGGCGUAGAUUGAGAUAUUUGUGUCACUUGCCACUUACUUGCCAAUUCGAAGUAGCAGAAAUCGACUUGAAACCACCAAUUGUAUCAGAAGAAGUUCUUACGUCGUUUCAUGAUCAAUUGGCACUGAGACAUAAACGCAGACAACAACGAGAACGCGAGGAAAGAAAAAGAGAGAAAAAGAUCACUGAAGAGCAAAAUAAGCGAAUGGGAAAAUAUCCAAGGCCAAAUGUACACAUUGAUUCGCAAAGACAUUUUCCUGAAUGGCAGCCGGAGUUAUUAUUUGCUGAAGAAAGAGAAGAAAGCGUUCAAUCACCACCGGAGUCAACAAAAACUUCGAGCAUGGCCAGCAGUCCGUCAUUAAGUACAUUCGACGAAAUUGUUCAUAACAGACAAGCCGACAAUACCGCACAUGAACAGGGACCAUCGUUCGCGGAAAUGUUACGGAAUACCGGCACGCGCUUAAAAUCUCCAGUUGCAUGGCCUUCUAUAACUUCUACUCACGACAAAUCAGUUCCGAUUGUAUCGGCUAAGUCCAUUUCAAGGCAUACCGAGGAAGAAGAGUACACCGCGGCACCAACACACAGUCAAAGCUUUGGCGAUGCUUUGGCAGCGGCUUUGGAACAAACAAAGUUAUUAGGAGGUAAAAAGGAUGGUGGAGGGAAAAAGAAGAAAAGAGGAAAGUCGACGGUACUGUUUGCAACUACUAUGGCACCCACAUCUUAAUUUCCUGCCGUAAUAAUGCUUGUACUUUGUUCUUAUUUUAAAAAUUUUCCCAAUAAUUUUUCAUUUACAAUAUUUUAGAAUCUUUGAUUAUAUUUUAGAAAACCAUUGAAGUAUACUAAUACUUAUCACAGUAUAAUGGUGUCGCAUUGCACGCCUGUCCAAUUUUCGUCAGUGUAUUAUUGGUUACAGAUUAAUGUUUUUUGUAAUAUCCUGUUGUG